AUGGGGAUCCAGUCUCAGUACAGCCCCGAGGGACGAGGAGGAGAUAACGAGGGACAGCGUAGUCGUUCGACCACCGUCACGAGAAGCGAAGUCGAGUCCGAAUAUUACAGCAGAGGCAGAGGCAGAGGCAACUCCAACUAUACAGCUCCGGACCGCGGAUCAGUGUACCAAGCCUCCGGGACUUUCUACCGCGAAGGCACGCCUCCACCACCACAAACUAGAGAUACCAACCUCGACGCAUCGAGCACCACCAAUAUAUUGCAGAAGGCGGGAGAGUUUUACGAUUAUCGGUACGAUCAUGUCGCUCCGCCAGCUCCGAUACCAAGCGCUACAAUCUGUGGGGUAACAGCCAGGCUGUUUUGGCUUGUGCUGGGAAUUGGCGGGCUGCUUGUGGCGGUUGGAGUAGGAGUGGGCGUUGGUGUUGGACUCGGAGCGCGGAAUCACAAAUCAAGCGCUCAACCAAGCCCUGCGACGUCUACCGGACUACCGCACACUUCGACCUUGAUUCCGGGUUCGACUACAACUUCAACGACGGCUUCUGCAACUCCGCCCCCCUCGUCGCAUUUACUUUCUUGCCCAAGCGGCAAUGGCACCAAAUACGACGUUCCCAACUCGGAGAAGACCUUUUUGCUUCUCUGUGGGAUAGACUACAGUGGAGUUGAUGAAGCGACCGACAUAGCAAGCGUAUAUACCGUUGACAUGGAAGACUGCAUGACGAAUUGUGCAAACUAUCCUGGUUGCACAGGAUGUGGCUGGGGUGUCAUCCCGGGCGACGAAGGGUCAUUGCAUCGUUGCUGGCUUAAGGGAUCUCUGAAGGAGACACAUCAGGAAAAAACGGGUUGGUAUUUUGCGAUUUUGGAAGGGACAUGAUGAAUGAAUUUCUUUUUAUUUGCGAGAUUAGCCUGCGAUACAAUAGAAGCAUAAUGUUUAAUGCUGUUGUGGGGUGACGUUGGUAGUGUAGUGCUGCCGUGGAUGAGGUCUUUUCUAGAUAUCCCAUUUUAUUAGACUUGCACUUGCAAUGC